AUGGUGUUUCAGUGGUCCGGCCGCAGACAGGAGGCGACCCUAAGACGGGUGACUUUCUCAGUGGCCAGUCAGCCCCAGGACGGUGGCUGCUAUGAUAGCGGGUUGGAGGACUCUGAGACCCCGAGUAGUAAAGGAUCGUCGGGGCCGCGGCUGGGGGCGCUUCCGCUACCGGAGGAGGGUUACGAACGCACCACCCCAGAGGGCAGUGUGGGAGAGGAGGAGCACGUGGAGAAUGAUGCCAGGCAGCUUCCCGAUGUGACCCUGACAGGCCAGUGCACCAGGGAGUGUGAUGAAUUUGGACACUCGGACACCUGCUGGAUGCCCAUUGGCCCAUCGCCACGGACACGCCCUCGCCACGGCAGCGACCCCCCGCACCUCUCCACUUUCGCUUCGGGCGACCGAAACAACAAUCACCAUGGCGACGAGGAAGACAGCGACAGUGACAGCGCGGGCAGUUCGGAGCCGGGCGUGGUGGGAGGAGCCAGGUUAGCGCUGGCCAAUGGGGAUCCUCUGGGCAGCCUGGGCGGCGGAGACAGGAACCGCAACGUGGGUGAUCACAACCGUAACCUCCUCAACCGUAAAAUGACCUCGGCAUCCUACGACACGUUCAGCUCCGCCGGGUUUGGGAGGAGCCACGGGCAGGAGGAGGGGGGCGAGGGGGUGAACCCUCCAGAGGUCAUACCACUGACGCGCACGGGAGGAGAGUACAAGACCACGUCCUGUCUCACGCUGUCUCGCAGAGAAGUUUACCUGUGAGGGACGGCAAAGUGCCCCUCCCCGCCCGCCCCCCCCCCCCCUUUCCCCUGUUCCACCACCACUUCCUCCUCCCCUUCCAUCACACCCAUUUCUAGAAAGGAAUGGAUCAGUCCAUGUUUUGACUCCAGCAGCAGAAAUGACAAAAGAAAAGCAAGGAAAAUCCACAUUAAAAAAGAGAAGAUGUCGACUGUGGGAAAAAGACUGUUGUUGAUUCCUUGCCAAAAAAGAAGAAGAACAAAAUGGUUUAGGGGUCAAUGCUGCCUGAUAUUUAUAUACAGCUAAAGCGACUGAUGUAUCAAGACUUCAGCAGAGUCGGUCCCUGCUCUGAUGAGGGGCUCUUUCUUAUAUCAAGACCUUUUCUAUUAUUUACAGAAGUGACUGGUCUGGAAUCAGUUCUGUCUUCUCUGAACUUUCACCUCCAGAAACGGAGGACCUACACAAAUCUGACCUUAGAUCAGUCUGAACACACAUAACCCCAACACGCUUUUAUACUUGUAACCCUCGUCAGGGAUUUAGGAUACAAGCAGAUUCGAACCUAUCAAGAAGAAUCUGUCUUCGACUACCAAAAAACCUGCUUCCUCUGCAGUACCCAGACCGAUAAUUAAGUCAUUAAUACUUGUUCAAAAAUCAGGUAUUUUUCACAUCGGAAAACAACUGAGAUUUGUUUUUUGGGGAUUUUGACAGGUGUCAGUAGUCGGAGUUCGGAAUACAAGGUUUAUAGUAAUAGUGCCACAGUGUACCAGUGCUGAAACACAAUGCUCUAUGCCUUCUCACCCGAGACCAGAGCCGCGGGAACAUAUUUGAUCAGGGGGGUGCUGGGGAGGGCUUAAUGUUAUGGGCCGGUGCCACGGUGGUGGAUUUUCAAGUCAUAUCAUUUUAAAUUCUCGUGCUGUCAGCAGGGGCUGCUGCAGCACCGUCAGCACCCCUCGUUCCCGCGGCCAAACCCGAGACUGUAUAUAUUUAUGUAUCUAUCUAACUAUCUAUCUAACUAUCUAACUAUCUAUCCAGUUCUCUACCUACUCCAGAGGCAGGCAGUCUUAAGGCUCUGUAGCUGUCGCUGUCCAUCAUCAUUUUGCAAUGUUCAUUCACUUGUUUCAGUGGAUGUUCCUGCUCUUUAGAAACCAUAGACCCUCUAAAGCCCACACAAACACACACACACACACAUCCACACACACACACACACACACACACACACACACACACACACACACACACACACACAGGCCCACGCACACAAACCUAAACACACAUGAACUUAUUUCACAAAGAGCAAACAAACAAAUGCAGGUCUACCCACUCUGAAAUACAAAAGUAGCCUGCUUUCUCAUUCAUUGCUUAAACAGCACUCAUGCAGUUAUUGUAGAUGUAGCAUUUCGCCUGCUCCCAUCCUAUCUUCCCUGGCCGGUAUUAGAGGAGACAUUUCUCCUGUUCUCCUGGUCAUGUCUGUGAACAAUGGGGUGGGGAGAGGGGCGGGUGGGGGGUCUACACUCUAGAGGGAACUUGAAGUAACAUCUAUGUUAUGAUGCACAUUGUCACGGAGUAUAAAAUAUUCCUCCUACUAAUGUAAGUAUAAGUCUCUUAGAAAAACCAAAUUUCUGUAAGAAAGGACUCUUUCUCUGCAUGAGCAAAAACCUAAAUGCUGUUUUUUAUUUG